GUGGCCUAUCCCGACGCCGAAAUGAUCGAUUCGCUGAUGACCCUCGCCAACGUCGACAUCGCCAAGUUCUCCCCACCCCUCCCUACGGGGUGGACCCCGCAGCCACGCGACUUCAUCGUUCACCUCGAGACGCAACAGUUGAAAGCCGAAGUCAGCCGAAUUGUGUCCAACGCCCGGGACUACCUCAGCCUUCAUUCGGCGGAGAUUACGGGUCAAGAAGCAGCGGUGAAGACGCGCCUGAUCACCGACCCCAACACCGACAUCAACGAGUACCUCGGGAACAUCUCAGACCUUGGCGUCGCGACCCGCACCGACGACGACAUCUCCCCGCCGGCAGAUGACGACUUGAAAGCCGAAGUCAGCCGAAUUGUGUCCAACGCCCGGGACUACCUCAGCCUUCAUUCGGCGGAGAUUACGGGUCAAGAAGCAGCGGUGAAGACGCGCCUGAUCACCGACACCAACACCGACAUCAACGAGUACCUCGGGAACAUCUCAGACCUUGGCGUCGCGACCCGCACCGACGACGACAUCUCCCCGCCGGCAGAUGACGACGUGCAACCCGUCGCCCCCCCCGCGUUUUCGCGGCUGCGCGGUCUCACCGCGGAAGGCAGCGCCAACGCCAUCGUCGGAAAGCUUAACAACGGCCUGGCCGGGCUCCCGCAGCCACAGAAGAGGAAAGCGUCAGCGAGCAGCGCCACGAGCGGACAUACAGCAUCCAGCCCGCGGAUAACCGCUGCACCCGUCGCCAACCAACACGCGGUGGCGACGUUGACCUCGUUCCAGCAGGACCUCCUCACGUGGGGAACCCCCCACCGCGCGUGUCACUCCCACUGGAAAGGGCCAAAGUGCACCCAUCCGCACUGCACCCUCAACCACGUGCAGGUUCACCCCAGCGUCGCCCCCGCCGGUCCACCGCCCGGUCCGCCGCCCGGUCCGCCGCCCACAGCGCCAGCCCAGGCCCCCGCCCCCGCGACCGCCCUUGCUCCUGCCCCCGCCCCCGCCCCCGCCCCCGCCGCAUCACGCCCCGUGGUCGCCCAUUACAGGAGCAGGACCGUGGCGCUAACUGAAGCGCCUCUUCCCGGAGAAAGACCUAGUGGCAACACUAGAGAAGACCCCCGUAACGAGGAAGAAGCACACCCCUCGCACCAGGGAGAAGAUCGCAAGAGUGCUAGACCCAAUACGUGUAUUGGGGACAAAGACAGAAAAAGACCCAGCGCGAAAAAUGGAGAAGACCUCCGUAACAAGGGAGAAGCAGACCCCUCGCACCAGGGAGAAGAUCGCAAGAGUGCUAGACCCAAUACGUGUAUUGGGGACAAAGACAGAAAAAGACCCAGCGCGAAAAAUGGAGAAGACCUCCGUAACAAGGGAGAAGCAGACCCCUCGCACCAGGGAGAAGAUCGCAAGAGUGCUAGACCCAAUACGUGUAUUGGGGACAAAGACAGAAAAAGACCCAGCGCGAAAAAUGGAGAAGACCUCCGUAACAAGGGAGAAGCAGACCCCUCGCACCAGGGAGAAGAUCGCAAGAGUGCUAGACCCAAUACGUGUAUUGGGGACAAAGACAGAAAAAGACCCAGCGCGAAAAAUGGAGAAGACCUCCGUAACAAGGGAGAAGCAGACCCCUCGCACCAGGGAGAAGAUCGCAAGAGUGCUAGACCCAAUACGUGUAUUGGGGACAAAGACAGAAAAAGACCCAGCGCGAAAAAUGGAGAAGACCUCCGUAACAAGGGAGAAGCAGACCCCUCGCACCAUGGAGAAGAUCGCAAGAGUGCUAGACCCAAAACGUGGAUUGGAGACAAAGUCAAAGAAAGACCUAGCAGGAACACUAGAGAAGACCCCCGU